AUGGCACCCAAGAAGAAGGGCAACAAGAAGGCGCAGGAUGACGACUGGGAAGCCGAGAUGGGAGAGACCAUCACGCCCCAGAACGGCGCAGAGGAGCCCAAGGCAGAAGAUGCGGCGCCCGCCGAAGAUGCUGCGGAAGGUGGUGGCCUCAUGGCUGCGCUGCAAAGACGCGGCAAGAAGAAGAAGAACAAGGGUGCAGACUUCGAGCUAGAAGGCGAGGACCCCACUGCCGACGAUGGCGCGGGCGCAUCGUUCGAGAGCAAGGCACCACAAGAAGGCACUUUCGAUGACGACGAUGACGAUGUGUUCGCUGGCAACUAUGGCAAGAAGAAGAAGGGCAAGGGCGGUGCGGCUGCUGAGAAGCAGGAAGAGGAGAAGGAAGAGAAGACGGACGAUGCGCCUCGAGUGAAGACCAAGGCGGAGAAGGAAAAGGAAAAGAAGGAGAAGGAGAAGCAGCGAAAGAAGGAGUUGGCUGCAAAGAAGAAGGCCACUGGCCCUGCCAAAGCCGCUGAACCCGCGAAGCCUGCCGAAACCAAAGCAGAACCCGCUGCUGCCCCUGCCGCCUCCACACCUGAGCCUCCCGCAGCUGGUGGAAAGAAGAAGAAGCUCAGUCCGGCACUCGCUUUACUCCAGAAGCAGCAAGAGGAGCGAAAGAAAAAGGAAGAGGAGUUAGCUCGUCUAGAGGCCGAGGAGAAGGCCAGGAUAGAAGAGGAAGAGCGCCAGGCCGAGGAGGAGCAAAAGAGACAAGCUGAGGCCAGAGCGGCGAAGAAGCAGAAGGAGAAGGAGAAGAUCGAGCAGCUCAAGAAGGAGGGAAAGUACAUGACUAAGGCGCAGAAAGAAGCCAAGGCCAAGGCUGAUUUGCGCUUGAAGCAGAUGCUCGAGGCCGGAGGAGCCAAGGUUGCUGCGCUCGAAGAACCAGAGGCUCCGAAGAAACCUGUGUACGACGACCGAAAGAAGCGCAAGAAGCAAGCAGAGGAGCAAAAAGCGAAGGAGGCACGCGAAGCUGAAGAAGCAGCCAAGAAACUCGAAGAGCUCAAGCUCGCCGAAGAGCAAGCCGCUGCCGCUGCUGCCGAAGCGGAAAAAGCCAAACUUGAUGCCGAGGCAAAGGACGACGAUUCUGGCGAUGACUGGGAAAAGCUUGCAGACGAAGAUGACGGCAUCAAAGACAGCUGGGACGUCGACACCGACGAGGAAGAGGAACGCAAAGCCUCUGAAAAGAAGGCAAAGGAAGAGAAGGCAGCCAAGGAAGCCGCAGAAAAGGAGAAGGCCGCACCAUCCAAGAGCUCACAAGCCAAAGGUUCUGAUUCCGACUCCGAAACCGAAUCUGAUGAGGACAGCGAGGAUGACUCCUCAGAAGACGAGCAAGGCACCGCGACUCAACGUGCGGAAGCGGCACGAAAGGCUGCGGCUGCUGAGAGGCGAAAGCAGGCUCACGAGGAGGCUCUCGCAGCUCGUUCAAGAGACAACUUGCGAUCGCCCAUUUGCUGUAUUCUUGGUCACGUCGAUACCGGAAAAACGAAGCUUCUCGACAAGAUCCGACAGACCAACGUGCAAGAGGGUGAAGCUGGAGGUAUCACGCAACAAAUUGGUGCCACCUACUUCCCUGUCGCUGCACUUGAGAAGAAGACCGCUGUUGUCAACAAGGACAAUGAAUUCGUAUUCAACGUCCCCGGUCUUCUGAUCAUCGACACACCUGGCCACGAGUCUUUCACCAACCUCCGAUCCCGUGGUUCUUCACUCUGUAACAUUGCCAUCCUUGUCAUAGAUAUUAUGCACGGUCUCGAGCCUCAGACUAUUGAGUCCAUGAAACUUCUCCGUGACAGGAGGACUCCAUUCGUCGUCGCUCUCAACAAGAUCGAUCGUCUUUUCGGCUGGAAGAAGAUCGAUAACAACGGCUUCGAAGACAGUUUCAAUCUCCAGAAGCAGGCUGUGCAGGCCGAGUUCGAGGAGCGAUGGACUUUUGUUCGCACGCAAUUGCAGGAGCAUGGUUUCAACUCGGAAAUCUUCCACAAGAACAAGAGCUUGUCCAAGUACGUCUCCGUCUGCCCAACCUCGGCGCAUACAGGAGAAGGAAUCCCAGACAUGAUCAAGCUCAUUGUCAAGCUCACCCAAGAGCGUCUCACAAACAACCUCAUGUACCUGUCCGAGGUUGAGUGUACCGUCCUUGAGGUCAAGGUUAUUGAGGGCCUUGGUACUACCAUUGACGUUGUGUUGUCGAACGGUGUUCUCCACGAAGGCGAUCGAAUAGUGCUGUGCGGUAACCCAGAACCUAUUGUCACGAACAUUCGAGCUCUUCUCACGCCAGCGGAAAUGAAGGAGCUGCGUGUCAAGUCACAAUACGUGCACAAUAAAGAAGUCAAGGCAGCCAUGGGUAUCAAGAUCUCUGCCGAUGGCCUCGACACGGCUAUUGCUGGAUCCCGUCUGCUCGUUGUCGGCCCUGAUGAUGACGAAGAAGACCUCAUGGACGAAGUCAUGGGUGAUCUCGCACAUUUGCUCAGCAAGGUCUCCAAGACUGGUCGUGGUGUCUCCGUCCAAGCAUCGACACUGGGUUCCCUUGAAGCGUUGCUUGAGUUCUUGCGUGUCUCCAAGAUUCCCGUGUCCACCAUUUCCAUCGGUCCAGUCUUCCGAAAGGAUGUCCUACGCGCAGGUAUCAUGUUAGAAAAGGCCAAAGAGUACGCCGUCAUGCUGUGCUUCGACGUCAAAGUCGACAAAGAAGCCAAAGCCUAUGCCGACGAGAUCGGCGUCAAGAUCUUCGAGGCGGACAUCAUUUAUCACCUGUUCGACAAGUUCACAGCGCACAUGAAGCAGCUCGAAGAGCAGAGGAAGGAAGAGUCGAAGAUGUUGGCAGUCUUCCCCUGCAUCCUGCGCCCCGUUGCCGUAUUCAAUAAGAAAGACCCGAUCGUCAUCGGUGUCGACGUCGUGGACGGAAACCUCAAGAUGACCACACCCAUCUGCGCAAUCAAGAAGAACCCUGCCACAGGCGUCAAGGAAGUUAUCAACCUUGGUCGAGUCACCUCCAUCGAGCGCGACCACAAGCAAAUCGCAGUCUGCAAAAAGGGCCAGCCCUCCGUCGCCGUCAAAAUCGAAGGCCCCAACCAGCCCAUGUACGGCCGCCACCUCGAGGAAGGCGAUACGCUGUACUCUGCGCUCAGCAGGAAGAGUAUCGACACGCUCAAGGAGUUCUUCCGGAGCGAUGUUAGCAUGGAUGAGUGGAGGCUGAUUAAGGAUUUGAAGCCCAUGUUUGAUAUUUCUUAGAUGGGUUGAGUCAUGGCGGGAUAGGUUAGGCUGUGUAUGAUCUGUGUUCACGGCGUAUAAGCAUGGUUUGGCGCUUUUUGCUUUCUCGGUUUAAUGGGAGGGAUACAUAUAUGGGAGGAGGUUUCUUAUAAGUAGAAAUAGGUAAGUCUAGUUACAAAAGUGAUAUACUCUGACCA